GAUGAGGACGACGACGAAUACGACGAGAAGGCAGGUGGCGGCGGUGAGGGCAUGGGCUCUCAGAUUGGUCGUCGGGUUCGACGGGAACGUGAGGGCAAGAUGCCUCCCCUACUGUCCCGUGUGAACGGUCAAAUUGAGGUGCUCGGCUUCAACAUUCGUCAGCGUCGCGCCUUUGUUAACUCAGUCCUCCGCUAUGGACUGCCACCGCCGCCUUCCUCGCUAUCCAUGGGAGGCGUAUCAGCGGCGUCAGCUACCGCCUCUACGGCUUGGCAUUCGCGCGAUCUUAAGGGCAAACCGGAACGCGUGUUCCGUGCCUAUGUGGCCCUCUUCAUGCGCCACUUGUGUGAGCCGGAGAGCAUGAAUCAGGACAAUAAUGCCACGUACUCUGAUGGCACCCCAAGGGAUGGGAUUUCUCACCAACCCAUCCUCUCCCGUAUUGGCGUUAUGGCCUUGGUGCGCAAAAAGGUGCAGGAGUUUGAGCAAAUCAACGGUCUCUACAGCAUUCCAGACUCCACCACUGCCCCAGAAACCGCGUCAGUUGCAGGGACAGAUGCAACUACAUCAAAUACUGCAGCUAGUGGUGAAGGUGGUGGCUGUGAUAGACCAGAGGGAUCAUCCACUCCUCUCACUCAACCCCUCUGCGUUGCUGUGACCUCCUCCAACCCCAGUGGCAAUGGAGGUGCAAGUUGCUCGGAUGACGCCUCAAAAGCUAGCGAUAAGACCGAACCGAUGGACAUUAGUAUUGUCGAUGAAAGUACUGCUGCUGUCACUGCUUCGACGGCCCCAGCUGUUAGAAAUGGUGAUACUGAUGCGGCAGCAGCAACGGUGGCGCUGGCAAUAGACGAGGGAGAUGCGCUUGAACCCGAAGGCGGGCUGAAAAUCGAUGAGAGUGGUGCUGGUGGUGUCUGUGACCCCAUGGAUGUUGACGAAAAAGUAAGGAAAUGCUUUUUUAUGUUAUUCACAUUGCCUGUGCACUCUUGUUGCUACAAAAAUUAA